AGGGAGGGAGGGAGAGAGAGAGAGAGAGAGAGAGGAGGAGGAACUACUGGAGAAAAAAAAAAAAAAAGUUAAAGUAAAAAAUGGCUUCCUUGUCUUUGGAGUCUACAGAACAAUCUGAGAACAGCCCAGAGGAGCCAACGGCAACGGAGUCCAAAGAAGAGAACGAUACGGUGCAAAUUUCGGAACAAUUACUCCAAAGUUUCCAAAAGUCGGCUCUGAGUUUUUCCACUGACCAAGUAGCAUGUCUCUGCGAGGCCCUUCUGCAGGCGGGCAAUGUGGAUCGCCUGUGGAGGUUUCUAUCCACCAUACCUCCUUCGUCCGAUCUGCUACGUGGCAACGAGACCCUGCUGAAGGCCCAGGCACUGGUGGCUUUCCACAGGGAAGAAUUCAAGGAGCUGUACGCCAUCCUGGAGAGCUACGACUUCCACCCGUCUAACCAUGGGUUCCUGCAGGACCUGUACCUGAAAGCCCGCUACAAGGAGGCGGAGAGGUCCCGGGGCCGCAGCCUGGGCGCAGUGGACAAGUACCGGCUCAGGAAGAAGUUCCCCCUGCCCAAAACUAUCUGGGACGGAGAGGAGACCGUCUACUGCUUCAAAGAAAAGUCCCGAAAUGCCUUGAAAGAGUGCUAUAAGAGCAACAGGUACCCCACUCCGGACGAGAAGAAAAACCUUGCCAAAGUCACCGGACUGUCCCUCACACAGGUCAGCAACUGGUUCAAGAACCGCAGGCAGAGGGACAGGACCCCGUCCGGGACCCACAGCAAAAGUGAGUCUGAUGGAAACCACAGCACUGAGGACGAGGCGAGCCCUAUGGACGACACCCCUGACAAACCAGAGGAGGCUGCUGGCUCCACAGCUUCCAUCAUCUCCCUCUCUGCCGUCCCCAGCAGUACGGGAGGCCAGCUCAUCCUCAACGGGUCCGGUGGCUUCCUCACAGCCUCUCAGCCAUUACUACUUAAUGGAAAUUCCCUGAUCUCCAGUACCGGUGCUGGUGUCAUAAUUAAUGGGCUAAGCUUAGGAGAUUGCCAGACAGUCACACUGAGUCCUGUUGCAACCAACUCUCCUUUAAUACUGAACGGGGCUCAGGUAAUAACCAAACCUAGUAUCAGUGUGCAGCAGCAAGCAGUUUCUAUGGCACAGCAGGAGGUUUCGGCCAUGGAGGCCAAGCCGAGCAGUCUUCCAGCAGUUGUUUUUAGUACUAACACCACACCCGUCUCGUACCCUCCAUCAAUCAUCUCUCUUCCUCUACAAACUAAAACCGAGAGCGACAAUGCAAUGGAUUUCAUCGGUGUCCCUGAAUCGGAGGGCAGCAUUCAGACAGUAUCUUCCUCUUCUUCAUCUUUAUCUCCCUCCUCACCAACUCUGUCCUUCCCAACCAGGCUCCCCUCACUAGUCUUAACACAAAACACCCAACGCCACGAGUCUCUCACUCUCCCGACCUCUAUGUCGUCAGGAGGCAUGGUAUUCUCCAGUUCUGCUGUGCCUCUCUCCAGUCAGCAAGGGGAGUAUGUUUUCUUAGCCUCUGCUAGCUCCCACUUAAACCCUUCUAGCUCUGUGGUUUCCUCCAGCAGCUCCACCCCUCAGGUCUUCUCUCUGCCACAGGUUGUGCCUUCCAUCCAGGGCAUACCAGUAUCCCAGCUGGUCCAGCACUCUUCAGGGGCCCAGGUUUCCCAAUGCCCCCAGUUGGUCCCAGUAUCCCCCCUCACCUCGCCAUCUCCCCAGUUCCAAGACCAGACUGUGAACACAAGCAACAGACUGGUGCAACAGCAGCAGGAAGCUUCAACAACUUUGCCUGAAGGGGCCACAACCAUAGUUUCUAUCUCACAGCUUAACAACAAUCAGCUCGCACAGCGAACGGUACACCAGCUGGGGGACCAAAGCACAAACUCCUCACCCAGCAAAAUCCAAGUCCCACAAGUUAUUUCCAUCUCUUCCCCGACACAAGUAGUCCCAGUCCCCCAGGCCAAAGGCACCACAGCAGCACAGUUAGUCCCCCUCUCCAUGCCUCAGCUGGUCCCAGUCUCGCCCAUCCAAACUUCUACCACCAUCUCUUUCCCCCAAGUGGUACCUGCCAGUCCUCUCUCCAUCCCCUCUGCUGGAGUGCCCUUCCAGAUCCUGACUUCAGCUCCUGCAGGGGUCGCACAGGGUCCUCUCAGGAUAAACCAGCUGAGGCCCAUUCAGAGUGUGGGUCCCCCAACCAGCAUGGCCCCUGGUGUGCAGCUCCUCAACUCUGGGAUCAUUCAGCUGCCCUCUGCUCCUUCAGGUAACCUUCUCCUCGGUGGAAGCCCCUACCUGAGUGUCCAGCAAGGCAAGCUGAUUCUGACCAUCCCAGCAGGCAUCCAACUAGCCAGGUUGCCGCUGAAACCAGUCCCCGAGGCUUCACCCAUCUCUCUAAAUGGAUUGAGUCAUGUUCUCACCCCCUUCACCCCUCCUGUUGUCUCAACCACCUCAGGCCCGACCCCCAGUGGCCUCACAUCAUCUCCCCUAAACUUCAUCAACUCGUCUCCACCGUACUGUGCUCCAGAGACUGGGACACCUGCCGCCCCUUCCCCUCAUGCGCCGGACCAUCCAGUCACCCCUACCACGCCAAACACUUUGACUCCAGAGAGUAUGCUUACCCUCAGUCCUAUGUACAGUGGGGCGACACCCAACAUCCAGUUGCCCCAACCAGCCUGGAGCCCUGUGCCCCUCUCCACUUCAGCUAGUCUAACUCUGUUUGAUGUCCGCGGCAAGGGGGACCUACCUGUAGACCCGGCUUUGUUAGGCCUACCUGGAGGAGAGUCGCUGCUUCUGGGAAGCCCUUCGCCAGAGCAGGACGUGGAAGCCAACUCGGCACUGAGGAAUCCAGAGGAGAUGGAUGGGGACUCCAAGAUUCUUACUCAGCUCCAGUCUGUCCCUGUGGAUGAUGACCUGGGCUUGUAGUUUGUUUACCUUGCUGGUCGGCAACCCAGUGUCUCUAAAAACAGAAAAGAUUAAACAAACAGUAGGUUGCGGUCUCUGCUGUCUGAAAGAUUGUAUUCCACAUUGUCAAUCCUCCUAAGAGCCAAAUGUUUUUUUUUUUUUUUUUUACAGUCAGUUCAGGUUCUGACUUGUACAGCAAUGAAGCUCUCUCAGUAGGGCCUCAUACCAUCAUGUUCUUAGCUGACACUUUGGAGAUAAAUCCUCUGCAGCUCUAUUUCACAUGGAUGGGCAGAGUUAUAUGGGAUCUUCACAAGCGUCUCAAAGUUUUUUCCUCAAAUCCGUAUUUGCCCUCUCCGUUUUAUCAGAUGCAGACAAAAGAACUUACUCCGCUUAGUCUGCUUGGCCCAGUUACAGGUCCUGGUGUUUAAAAAGAAAAGACUAUAUUAUGCAAGGCGUUAUGGCUUUGUCUAUUCUCUCAGCUCUUCUUUGCAGUGGACUACAGACCAAGUUCAGCUGCACUUGGAAAAGAUGUCUGGGGUUUUUGCUGGCUGUAGGAGUAGCUUGUUGUGGAUCCACCGCAGUAACUAUCCACCGGACUAUCUGGCAAAGGCAUACAUCUAGAAAUAGCUGAGGUUUGCCUACCUGCCCAGAACUCUGAGAUUCAGGAUGUAUUCUACCAACACUCCAGGAAUAUAGUAAAGAUUGUAUUCUUCACUAACAGAACCCAGUUAAGUUUUAUGUGAAACCAUUAUUGCAUCAUAGCUUCAAGGGCUAUACAGCAGUAUUUUAUUUCUUUUAAGUUACUGAAGUCUGGGCUGAAACAUGCUGCCAAACUGUGUUUAUCAGUCUUUUAUCAGUUUUAAAUGACUUUCUGCACUUUUUAAGUGCGAAUGAUGCCCUCCAUUAAUAAAACUAUAACACAGGAAAUAAAAGGGUAAUAUACUCUAUGCAAUGCAUGUUUAGUUCUUUAUAGGACACUAUGUGGCACAAUGACUGAGUUAAAAAGCCAGUACACUUGGGAGAUGAGAAAAAAGCUUUUAAAUACUGAGAUUUUUAAAUGAAGCAUGACACUAAAAUGUUUGCUGUGAUCCAAAAAUCUCCGUUUGUCGAUAUUGAUAAGUGCCUUAUAUUAAAUCUUACAGGUUUGAUGUUUUGAAAAAAAAUGUUUUGACUUUCUACACAGUUUUAUAAGUGCUAUACACCCCAACCAAAUGUUGGGAUUCAAUUUAUGGACUUUUAUGAAUACCCACAUUUCUGUCUGUUUGAUCUCCAAUGAAAUAUAAUGUGACACAUUUGGUUGCAUGGUCAUGGCUCAAUCUCCUCUAUUUGUAUAUUUUGCACCUUUCAUUUACACAAUGUUUACGCUGCGCUGCCGUGUUGUUAUGACAGUGGUUCAACUCAUAUUCUGUUGUGAAAUGUCCUAUCCUUUAUUAAUUGGACAUUAAUAAUCCCCAGAAACAGAUACUGAUACCGAUUGCCUGAUGAAAUCUGUCAUAAAUUGAUAGAACAGCUCCUUCAGUUAAAACCUAAAAAUGCUCCUCAUUGUACGGUCAUGUCAUAACACAGGUAGCGGUCAAACCUUUGGUCAAUUAUGGUACAUCGCAUCUAGUUACAAUAAUGGCCUUUGUGUUUCUUAUUUUAAAAGUAUGUUGUUUGUCUUUUUUGUACAUUUAAUCUAUUUAAAGCAUGUAUCAAUCAGUAAGAAAAUGAAUCCUUGUGGAAAAACGCAUACAGAAAAUGAUAUUCAUUUUCACUUGGAAGGUCACAUUGUUGUGUAAGUUUUACAAUCUUAGACUACAGUUAUUAAAUCGAUUUUAGUUUUUGAUUUUCAAAUCCAGUAGGUCACCCCGUUAAUAAAUGUUAAGAUCAUUUUUUUCCCCAGUGGCCUUUGGGUUGGUAGAUUAUUUGUCCAAGGUAUCUUGGACAAAUCAAUUUUAGUCUGAAUUUUACUGACAUUUUAAACUAGUAGUUAGGGGUAAAGGGAAAUUUGUCCAAUAUGUAAAAUCUAGUAGCCUGUGUUUGAUUAUAUGAGCCAUUUCUUACCAAAGUAUAUAGACAUUAAAGCCUCUGUGGGCUUAUGCACAUUUGUACCCCUGUUUGUUUGUAGCCCGGGAUAGGUUUUUACUCUCCUACCUGACACAUAUGACUCCAGAUUUAACCAAAGAUAAUGUAUUUUGAUCAACUUUUUGAUAGUUGUGAAAGGGAUCGUUUGUGUCUGUCAUUCAAUGUUCUUGUUUUCUCAUUUUUUUUUUGUAUUCAA